AUGAGCAAGCUGAAAGAAUUGGUCGGCAUGGCCCAGGACCACAAAGUGCAAACCCUUUGCAUUGGCCUCGUUCUUUACGCCUUCAUCACUUUCGCAAUAAAGAUUGUGUAUCGAAUUUACUUUCACCCUCUUGCAAAGUUCCCUGGUCCCAAAAUCGCAGCUGCAACCCAUUUAUACGAGAUCGCCUGGGACUAUUUUGGUGAUGGCGCCUACCUUUACGAGAUCCAACGCAUGCACCAGAAAUACGGACCAAUUGUUCGCAUCAAUCCGAUCGAACUAUCGGUCAAUGAUGCGGAAUUCUACAACGUUCUGUACGUCGGGGGAUCGGUAAGGAAGACAAAUGCCCUGCCAAGUUUCGGGGAUGGAAUGGACUUCAAUGGCUCCCAUGGAAUGACAGUCGACCAUGAUCACCACAGGCUUAGGCGUAAGCCAAUGGAACCCUUCUUCUCCAAAGGCAGUAUAGCCAGGUUGGAAUACCGGCUCCAAGAACUCACAAUCACGUUGGUACAGCGGCUUCGGGAAUACAGGGGAACCGGUAGGGUUCUGAGGCUUGACCAUGUCUUUUCUGCUAUGGCUGGAGAUGUCGUCAAUGUCUUAUGCAUCGCCAACCCGACCAUGUCUUUCAUACGUGACCCUGACUUCAACCCCUACUGGUACACAUUAUUUCACACCUUAAUCCGCUCCAUGCCAAUUUUUAUGAACUUUCCAUGGAUCAUCCAAAUAGUCAGAUUGAUCCCCACGUCGGUACUGGAGAAGUUAGACCCUCGAAGUCAAAUGUUCCGUGACUGGCGACAAAUGUCGGUCGAUCACAUCAUUGACUCGAAACGACGAAAAGAGAAAGGCCUCAUGUUCGUGAACGAGGAGGACAAGAUGAAAUGUGAGACGCUCUUCGACCACAUAGUCAACAGUGACCUGCCCGAGUCAGAGCUGUCUGUAGAGAGAUUGGCGUCCGAGGCACAGGUGGUCAUGGGCGCCGGCACGGUCACCACUGCACGCACCAUGGACUUUCUCGCCGUGUACAUUCUGUCGAAUGACCGAAUCUGCCAACGCCUCAGAGAAGAACUGCAGGAGCCCAUGAAAGACUUCCCGGAGAAGAUUCCACCCUAUUCUGAGCUCGAAAAGCUGCCCUGGCUCCAGGCAUGCAUUAAGGAGGCCCUUCGCCUUAGUCCCGGCUUAACGCACCGGCUGCCACGUGUGUCACCACAUGCUGAGCUGGUUUACAAGGAUUGGGUGAUUCCCAAGAAUACACCCGUCGGCAUGUCGGCAUUGUUCAUGCAUACGGACCCUGACGUGUUCAAGUCCCCUAUGGAGUAUCGCCCGGAACGGUGGCUGGAAGUGGUAACCGCGGAGAUGCACAGGAAUUAUGUUCCUUUCACCAAGGGGUCUCGCCGAUGUCUGGGUGUGGAGUUGUCGUAUGCAGAGAUUACGCUGGUAUUUGCUGCUCUCUUCGGCCCAAAUGGACCGAAGCUCCAGCUAUUCGAGACAGACGAGUCAGAUGGGGAUCCGGCCUGCCACUUCCUUCUUCCGCUUCCGCGUCUCGACAGCAAAGGCAUUCGUGUCACAGUGGAGGCUUGA